AUGUUUGGGCUCCGUCAGGUUGUGCAGUCACAACUGCGAUAUGCAGCAACACGCCCCCCUCUACUCCUUCGAUCCCUGCGCCAUGGCUCAAGAAACGCAACCACCAGCGCAAGCGCCGCCCAUAUCUCCCCUCAGCGGUCUUUAUGGCUGCGGCGGGUGCUCUAUGCAGGGAUAUUCGGCGGCCUUGGUUUUGGCCUUAGCAAACUUCAGUUCGAUAAAAUGACAUCUCCGGCGCCAAUUCCGGGGUCGGAGGAAGAUGAGUACAGGAUGGACCGCAUCGAGAUGUUCUUUGAGGAGCGUCUGCCUAUCGUAAAGCAGCUACGGGAGGAUCCGGAUUAUAUCGAAGUUGAUGUCUACGGCAAUUAUUCGUGGGUAGACAAGGAGCAGCGGCUUACGUCUGGCCCGUUGAGUGGGAGCGGGGGACUGGCAUUUCAGAGAGUCUUUUGGCACAACCAGCAAAAGAAAGCGAUUAACAUUGUUUUCAUCGGCAAAGGGGUUGAAGGGUGGCCAUCUUGUGUGCACGGUGGUGCGCUUGCUACCAUACUCGACGAACAUCUCGCUCGGGUUGCGAUUCAAAAUCUGCCUGAGCGCACAGCAGUUACUGCAAACCUGGAUGUGAACUACCGGAAGCUAUCACCUUCAGACCAGUUCUACGCUGUCCACGCGACGCUGGAUCAGGAGCGAAGCACCGAUCGCAAGGCUUACGUGAAUGGAGUGGUUCGCGAUAUGGAUGGAAACCUCUUGGUCGAAUCCUCGGGUCUAUUCGUAGUCCCCAGGGGCUAUAAACUGAGGAGGCUAGGAGACGCAUACUGA